GGCCCCCAUAGACACAUCGAAGAAGCCCAUCAUAUGGAUCCUGGGCGGGCCAGGGUCAGGCAAGGGCACGCAAUGCGAGAAGAUCAUUGCCAAGUACGGGUUCACACAUCUCUCCACCGGAGAUCUGCUCCGCGCAGAGGUCAAGAGCGGAUCAGAUCGGGCCAAGUGUCUUACCGCCAUCAUGGAGCGGGCUGCAUGCAAAGUCUCAACCCGAUCGGUUUAAAAUUGACAAAGUUUCAUACAAACUUUCAUUCCCUAUUUUAUCCCCUUGGGGGCAGAAUUGAUCAAAAUCCUUUCUUCGCGGAUGCCUACGUCAUAACAUCUACCUGCAUGCCAAAUUUCAGCCCGAUCCGUCCAGUGGUGAUAAUUUACUUCGAGGCAUCACCGGAGACGUUGACUAAACGGUUGAUAGGGCGCGCAGCCAGCUCGGGGCGGGCAGACGACAACGAGGAGACCAUCAAGCUUCGCAUCAAGACCUUCCUCGAGAACAACGACCAAGUGCUGGCGCAGUACCCCGCUAAGAUCAAGAGGACCAUCAAGCUACGCCUCAAGACCUUCCUCGAGAACAACGACCAAUUGCCGGUGCAGUACCCCGCCAAGAUAACGAAAAUGAGUGUCCAUCCCAAUAGGGUGUUAACGAAGCGGUUGUUAGGGCGCGUAGCUAGAAAGGGGCGGGCGGACGACAUCGAGGAGACCAUCAAGCUACGCCUCAAGACCUUCCUCGGGAACAACGACCAAUUGCCGGUGCAGUACCCCGCCAAGAUAACGAAAAUGAGUGUCCAUCCCAUUAGGGUGUUAACGAAGCGGUUGUUAGGGCGCGUAGCUAGAAAGGGGCGGUCUGACGACAACGAGUAGACCAUCAAGCUACGCCUCAAGACCUUCCUCGAGAACAACGACCAAUUGCCGGUGCAGUACCCCGCCAAGAUAACGAAAUGUGUAUGCUGUUGGUCGCAGAUGACCUUUACAGCGUCACCGGGUUUGGGGACGGCGAGAUCCUAAGGGGACCUCAAGCCGAGAAUUGGCGAGUGGCUCUGGAGGUAUUCCAGUCGGAUGGCGUUUCCCCGGGGGGAGUCUCCACUCCGUCUGGAGCCUCCAGACCACUCGAACCUGAGGGGGUCGGCUCAACUAGAGGGCGUCUCUGA